UUGUAACAUUCAAGAUGAACAGAUUAAUACUGAAUAAUUAUCGGUGUAUAAAAAAAUCAACCUUGCUGUGGGAGACCAAACAAUAUCAAAAUUUUCCAUACAUAGCCCUGUCAAGGUCAUUAUCGUACUACACAGCUCAGCCUGUCGGACUACGCCAUGAUAUCACUCAGAAGCCUUUCUACAAUUACACAUUAUACAACCAGGCCCAUUUCAGAGUUUUUUCAACAAGCCAAUAUUUCAAUGACAAACAACCUCUUAAACCAUCGUCAAAAGUUGAAGCCGCUGUUGAAACCAUCAAGAAGGAUAUAGAGGAAAAAGAAAAGGGUGUGAAAAAAGUAGUACAGAAGAAGAGUUUAAAGGAAAGAAUCAUGGACGAGCUUAGACAUUACUACCAUGGCUUUAGACUAUUUGUCCUUGAAAUAAGGAUAUCCAUCCCUCUUCUAUUUAAAAUAUUGAGAGGAGUGUCUUUAACACGUAGGGAGCACAAACUGUUGGUGACCACUAUAGGUGAUAUAUUCAGGAUGGUACCAUUUAUAAUCUUCAUUAUUGUCCCAUUUUUGGAGUUUACUCUUCCAAUUUUUAUUAAACUGUUUCCAAACAUGUUACCAUCCACUUUUGAGAGCAAAGAUCAAAAGGAUGCUAAACUCAAGCAACAUUUAAAAGUGAAACUUGAAAUGGCAAAGUUUUUCCAAGAGACUUUGGACCAAAUGGCUCCUCAAGCAAGUAAUAGACAUUCACAACUUGCUAAGGAGUUUUCACAGUUCUUUAAUAAAAUAAGGACGUCGGGAGAUGUUGCAACUAGUGAGGAGAUUAUGAAGUUCUCCAAGUUGUUUGAGGAUGACAUUACCUUGGAUUCUUUACAGAGACCGCAUUUGAUUGCACUGUGUAGAGUACUGAAUACAUCAUCUAUUGGUACAAGUGCUAUGUUACGGUUUAAUUUGAAGAUGAAACUUCGAUCCUUGAAAGCAGAUGACAAGACGAUAGCAAAAGAGGGUGUAGAUAGUUUAAACGUCAGUGAGUUGCAGCAGGCAUGCAAGAAUCGCGGUAUGAGGGCAUAUGGUGUGUCUGAGGAGCGAAUGAGGAAGGAACUGAGGAAUUGGUUGGAUUUAUCACUAAACGAGAAAGUGCCACCCUCACUACUGCUACUCUCACGAGCGCUUAUGGUGCCGGACCAUGUUCCUACAACCUACAAACUCAAGGCGACUAUAUCUGCUUUGCCUGAACAAGUUGCUACACAGACAAAGGCUGCUAUUGGAGAGUUAGAAGGCAAACUUGAUUUCAAGGCUAAAGCUGAUGUGAUCAAACUUGAACAAGAGAAGAUCAAGGAAGAGAAGAAAGAGAUGCAAGAAGCCGAAAGGGAGAAGCAGUUACUCGAAGCUAAGCUACGAGAAAAAGAGGAACUGAAAGACAAAGCUCCUAUCUUCGAUGAUGUCCCUCUGAUGGCAGACCCUGCCCCUGUCCUGACAACAGAUACACCGAAGCCCAAAACUGAAGAUGGCCUAUCAGGAAAGGACAUUGAAGUUAUUGAGGAUGCUUUAGAAAAAUUGGCUGAGCAAAAGAAGUCCUUAUUGCUAGAGAAGGAGAGUAUACAAGAGUUGAAGGCGGAGCUGUCGGAGUAUAGCGAAGAUGUCGAAGAGAUGCAGGAGAUUGUCAAGACUAAACAAGCCGAUAUUAAGCUGACUAAGGGUGCUCGCAGGUUAUACCGCGCAGUGAAUAACAUGAUAAGCAAAUUGGAUGCGGCCCUUGUCGAACUAGAAUCUAAGGAGAAAGCUCUAAAAUCCACCUUAGAACAAGCCAGCUCUGAACCACAGAAGGCCAAGGAGAAAUUAAUCCACAUCGACGAAUUGAUGCAUUCCAUAAAGAGCCUUCAGAAAGUACCUGACGAGGCUAAACUCAGAUUGAUUCAAGAUGUACUUGGAAGGCUGGAUGAUGACUUCGAUGGUCAACUCAAAAUUGAUGAUGUUUUGAAGAUAUUAGAGAUAGUAGGCAACGAACACGUACACCUCUCGGAGAAGCAAAUGUCUGAGCUGAUUGAGCUGUUGGACAAGGAAGAAAUUCUCGAGGUGGAGAGCAAAAUUCAAAAGGCGCUGAACAAAGCCGCUUCAGCCGCCAAGGAACAGGACAAGACUAGUGAAACUUCUGGCAAGAGUUUAUUCGACAUAAUCCGAGAGGCACAGAAGAGGCGGGAAAUGAAAAAGGCCGUUGAGAAGUUCGGAGAACAACGACCACUGCCCAAGAGCGAAGACAUUGUCGCCAACAAACCAGAAGAGUCUAGUAAACGACCCGACACACAUUGAUAGAUACCUUAGCUAAUGUGUAAAUAAAUAUUGACCCUUGUCGGUUCGUCUCUUUAAUUCGUUAGCAGUUUACGCUCUUUCUGGUUUGUUAACAAAUCGGGAACGUCGGCAUGUCGCUGCUGUGUAAAGUACUUCAUUAUUAAUACUACAUAUACGCAUACUUAUGUAGACAUUACGCUACUACUAUAACUUUAUAACCCUAAUGACAAUAAGCAUUUUGUAAUACUGAAUAAUCAAACGCGUAUAAUGUAAAUAAUACUUAUUACGGUCCCGUACAAAGUUGUUUUUUUUUCAUUCUUCUGUUGUUUAUCCGGUUUUUAUUUGAGAGAUUUAUUAUUUAUGCAUUUCUGUGAUCGCUAUUCAGUUGUAAGUUUUAUUUUUUAUUGUUAAUAUUUGCACAAAUUGUUGAGGUCGGCUUUUGUUUUUGAGUAAACCCAGUUAGUAAUAUCCCGAUGUUUGGUCUGAUUAUACUUGGGUUACGGUUUUAAGUAUUAAAACAUUGUUGCAUGAUAAUGCAACAUUGUGUUAUUAUUACUAUUGUCUUUGGCACGACACGAUAUCAUUUUCUGUGCAAUUUAUCCCAUAGACAACGCUGAGUCGCGCAUCUAAUGUAGCUAGGCUAUCAACAACCACCAUUACAUUGUGUAAUAGUUAAUUUAUAUUAUUUUGUUUAUAUUGUACAUUUCAACUUAAACUUUUCGUUUGUACACCAUUUUUAACAUUAAAAACGAUCAGUAUAGCUAUUGCGCUGUCUAUGUUCCUGUAAAGAAAAUUUCGGAACGGUUUUUUACUGUUAAUUGGUUAUUUUAAUAAUGUGGAUUGUGGUCUGCGCACCAAACAAACUGAUGCAUUAGGUGCCGAAAU